AUGGAGGAGAGUACCCCCAUCGUGACAAAUAACGACCGCGACAGGUUGGAACGCGCCGGACUCUUUUAUGAAGACCCCGACAAGCCGAACAUGGUCCGUAUCCAUGUGCGCUGCCUCAGCGUGGCCAGCAACAAAGAGUAUGAGAACCGGCCACUUCCACCAUCGCCAUUCGACCUCCGCUUCACCAACCGAGAACGGGAACGAGACGAAGGCGACUUUGUCCGCAUCCCCGCCCAGCUUCACUCGGAGGAAACGCUGGUGUAUCUCGGCAUUGCACCAUCUGUUGCCACAUACAUCUACCGUUGCUGGCUCUCGGAACUCAGAGUAACGGGAGGGCCAGGACGGCCGCGGCCCAAUUUUCUCACAUUUAGUUUGACCCGUUUGACGCACUAUCCCGUCGGACCGUGUCUAGACGUCGACGGCCGCCACAGCGACGAGGAGUGGCGCAAUUGCCCCAGGUUCUAUACUCACACCAGCGAAUUCCUGGAGAGCAUCAUGCACCCGGACCACGCCCGCGUGCGCCGCACCAAGUCGUGCCACCACUGGAUCGACGAGACCGUCUUGAUGCGCUACCGGGCCCUCGAGCAUGUCGGGGAAGUGUCCCGGCGUCGUGCCGCGGGGAACUCCAUGGGCCCCGGACAGAAUAUGGCCCCCCAUGGACAUCGGAGCGACGAUGUCCUUCCCCGCGCCCGCCCGGGCUACCACCGGCCGACGUUUGCCGCCACCACCUGGACGCGCCAGGCCGCGGAAGACCGCAUCUGCAGCGAGUCCAGUCGUAUGCAGCUCUACAUGGCCCGCGACCAGGCGGGCAUCACACGCUAUUGGUCCCACAACGGGUUCAGGGGCAACGUGCACGAUGCCCGGGCGCUGGCAGAAGGGCCUCUGACGACACACACCGUCCGCUUCGACAACGAGGACCAUCAAACGAAGAUGUACUUUUGCUCCGACCACACCGUCGCUGCGGCCGACGCCGCCUACAUGAAGCGCCGCGGCGGCCCCGUCUGCGCGGUGGUCGUCGUCACCCUGUCCAUCCCGUGGCGCGACGUGGAGCGUCUGGCGGCCGGCCGCGUCCCCCGCGUCACCAUGGAAUGUCUCGCAUGGACCCAUCCGCACUGGAAGCAGCUGCUGUGGUACACCAAGAUCGGCCUCGUCACGGCGCCACACCUGCGCCGGUACCGCGAUGCCACCGUCUUGGCCCGCGACAUGGCCCGCGGCGGGCCGGACAUGUACCGCAGCAUGCCCGAAUCAGAGCUGCAUGCCGAAGCGCUGCUGUACGUGCAGCCCGGUGACAAAGACGACAACAACGACAACAACAACGACAACAACAACGACUACGACGACGACGACGACGACGACGACCAGGAACAGGGUUUCCUAGGCCCGGUAGAGUUCAUCUUUUCGGUGGGCGCCGCGGGGCGGCAGUACUUGGAGACCCACGGCCAGUUCGACGUGGCCGUCGUGGCAGACGCCAAUGUGGCGGCUACGCCCACAGUGCGGCCCCGGGCCGGUGGUGUGCGCAGCCAAGACCAAGUCGUCGUCAACACGGACCGUGCUGCGGUUCCACGGCCGGCCGUUCGGACACCUCAUGGGACUGGUCGGCCCCCGGGCCAACUGGACGCCGGCGACGAUCCCACAUUCGAGCCCGAUUACCACAGCCUGUCGAGGCUGUAA